AUGGAUUUGUUUAAGAAUUUUUUUGCUCUAUGUGAAGAAGCAAAAGAAACGUUUGAUACUUAUCUUGAUUUAAUAUAUGGCUCUGAAUCUGCAAAUAAUAAUAGAAAUGAUACUAAUUCUGAUAGUAAUGAUGAACAUGUUCUAUUGGAUAAUAAUAGUGAUAAUGAUAUUUUUAAAGCGUUAGAAGGUGAUAAUAAAGAAUUUAUGAAUGGAACAGAAGAGGAAGAUGAAUGUUUUAAUAGUAGGUUAUUGAAUAUAGCUGGUGGUAGGUUUUCUUGGAGUAAACUGUGGUAG